AUGUUAGUUCGACUUCGCAGGGGAGCACCCCAGGGAUCCCCCGCCGUUUCCCCGGAACUACUUCCCCCGCACUUUUUGUGCCAACGUCGUACUCGCAAAUGGCGUCUCGCGUACCGUAACAAGAUAGAACCGAAAAGGGCAGCGGCGUGCUUCGCAGCGCGGCGCCUCGGCCGCCCAAGUGAGCCGCGAAGCGGACGUAGGCGGUUGCAGCGAAUGAGCAAAGGGCUAACGAGGAAUUUAAACGAGACGGAGGGGGACAAAGGGCGUGUAGGUCGCCUCGAGAGGAAGCCACUCGCGGCUGGAAACCUCGCCAAAAGAAACAUGUCGGGCGAACCAACCGUCCAGCGUUUUCAUACGGAAAAAAGGAACUUGCGCGCAAUGCCUCUGCAAUUUAAUGAUGACAUCUAUUGCGUUUUAUCU